AACGACUUUGGACUGAAGAUCAGAUUCCUGAAAAUUUACAAUUUGUGGACCUUAGCCAUUCUAUGAACCUAAUUAGAAUACCAGAGUUGUCUAAAUUCCCAAAACUUAAGGUUUUGCAUUUGAAGGAUUGUACAAGUUUGGUUGAGAUUUCCACUUCUUUAAUGUAUGAUAGCAAGCUUAAUGAUCUAAAUCUUGAAAACUGCAAAAGUCUUUGUCGUUUUCUAAGCUGCCUUUUUUUGAGAAACCUUGAAAACCUUACUUUGAAAGGUUGCUCAAAAUUGGCAAGUCUUCCAAGCAGCAUUGGGGAGUUGAAAUCUCUCCAUUAUCUUGAUCUCCAAGGAUGCUCAAACCUAGCAAGUCUUCCAAAUGGCAUUGGCGAGUUGAAAUAUCUUCAACGUCUUGAUCUCGGGAGAUGCUCACAACUAGGAAGCCUUCCAAGCAGCAUUUGUGAGUUGAAAUGUCUCCUGCAUCUCGAUCUUAAGGAAUGCUCAAAACUAGUAAGUCUACCUAUUAGCAUCGGAGAGUUGAAAUGUCUUAAGCAUCUUGAUCUCAAGGGAUGCUCAAAGCUCGCGAACCUUCCGGUCAGCAUUGGCAAGUUGAAAUGUGAGAAAGUUUAUUUAACUGGAUGCUCAAAACUAGCGAGUCUUCCAGGCAGCAUUUGCAAUCUUAAGUCUCUUACCCGCCUUGAUGUCACGGAUUGUGUAAAUCUCAAGGUAUUGCCAGAGAACUUGGGCAAUUUAAAAUCUUUGACGGCGCUUUACGCAGUUAGAAGUGGCAUAAAAGAAUUGCCAUGCUCCAUCAAUCAAUUGAGGGAAUUGAGGGAUUUAAGAUGCAGUGGAUGUAAGGGUUUGGUAUUGCCUCCAUUAACAGGUCUUUCGAGUCUAGAGCAGAUUUCUCUAGAGGGAUGUGGUGUAUUAGAAAUUCCUGACAGUCUCGGCUCUUUAUCAACACUGCAUCGGUUAUAUUUAGGAGGAAACAAUUUCAAGAGUAUACCUGCAAGCAUCAAACACCUUUCUGAGCUACACGAACUUGAUUUAAGAGAUUGCAAGAGACUUCAAUGUUUACCAGAGCUUCCUUCAGCUGUGAGAUAUUUAGUGGCGAGCAACUGCACAUCUAUGAAAUCAGUAUCAACUUCGUUGGCGGAAGGUUGCAAGGAUACCUUUUUGUGGCUGGAUCUCGGUGAUUGCAUCAAUUUGGAUCCAAAUGCACGUAGCAAAUUAAUGGAUUCUAUACUGCUGAGAUUCCAAAGCAUUGAACGGCCAUGGGAAUCCAGUGUGAUUGACCAGAGCAAUGGGACAUUGUUUCGAUGGAUGGAUAAGGCAUGUAUCCCAGGAAGCCAAGUUCCUCCAGGGAUGAGGUACAAAAAUAACAACGGAUCUUCUUUGAUUUUGUCGAUGAGAGCUAAGCCAUACUGCUACACUAGUGACUGCAUUCAUAUCGCUUUUUGUGCUGUUGUUGCAACCCAUGUUUAUAGUUCUCGUGAUUUCAUUGAUAUUGGAUGUGAAUGCUGCUUCGCAACCGAGUCAGGCCAAACCCUUCAUUUCGAAUCCUCUUGGUAUGACACCAGCUUUGCAGAUGGAAGUAAGAUGCAUAAUGUGUUGAUUUGGUAUUCGGCAUAUGAUUUAGACACCAAAUGCCGUCUCAGUGAGGCCUCAUUUCAAUUCUACGCUAAGGAAGAAGGAAAUGUCCGCAAUAGCAAGGCAAUAGUCAAGUGUGGAGUCCAUCUGCUGUUUGACGAUGAUGUUGAUAGCCUCCUCUCACCUUCCAAAUUGGAUAAGAUCCAACCCACGAGUUGGGUUCUCAAAAUGGCUUAUAAGCAGCGAUUUUAUACUGAAUCGAGGUUAUAUUUUCCUCACUUCCCAGACGAUGAUGAGUGUGAGAAGGAUAAGCUUCCCCUUCAAAAUUUGGAAGAGAUUGAUCAAGAGUUAAAAUGCCUGGAUUUAAAUCUCUCUAUCUUUGUUUUGUUCACCUCAAUGAUCUGUCCGGCUACGUCAAGACAUAACGAAGCCGAAGCCCACCCCAGGACCCAUGUUGUCUUUAUUCUGAUGAUCCUCUCGGUAUGUUUGGAACUACUUUCCUUCAAUUCUUCUGUCUCUUCAUGGAAUGCGCGUAACUGA